ACGACCAGCAUGCACCUAAGCCUCCAGGGUACCCUGGAAACGCUUUCCAAGUCCCGCGAUCCACGUACAGCGGGAUGGCUGCUGACCGGCAACCCUGCAGUGACUGUCACCAUCAUCUGCCUGUACAUCUGCUUCGUCAAGUACUGGGGACCCGAAUGGAUGAGAGACCGGAAGCCCUUUCAACUGACGGCUCUCAUAAGGGCGUACAACCUGACCAUGAUAGGUCUUCACGCUUUCUUCGCAGCCUUCUUCUUCGGUAACACUUACCUCGUCGGCAAUUAUAGCUGGUUCUGUACGGGCAUCGACUUCAAGCCCACGCCGCAAUCUAUGAAACUGCUGAACGGUUGCUGGUUUUAUUUCUUUGUUCGAAUCGGAGAAUUCCUGGACACGGUGUUCUUCGUCCUGCGCAAGAAGAACACUCACGUGUCUGUCUUGCAUAUCGUCCAUCAUUCCAUCAUCGUGUGGAACGGUUGGUUAGGUCUCACGUUCGGAGCCGAAGGUCAAGUGAUGCUGGCCAUCUGCAUCAACUCGCUCGUUCAUGUCAUCAUGUACGGCUACUACUUUCUGGCGUCCUUCGGGCCGGCCGUGGCCAAGUACCUCUGGUGGAAAAAGUACCUUACUCAGUUGCAAAUCGGCCAGCUGACGUUCUUUGUAAUGUACGCUAUGAUACCCAUGUUUUACGACUGUGGUUAUCCCAAAGUGAUGACGUACAUAGGCCUCGUCGAAGCUGUAAUCAUCUUGGCGCUCUUUUGCAACUUUUAUCUGUCAGCCUACACGAAGAGGCGACGAGUUCUCAAAACAGCUUAGGCCAGUGGUCUCCAAACUAGGAGGCCACAGUGAUGUGUCAAGGGAGAGGUGGGGACAAUCUGCUGUUGUGUUUCAAACAAUCGAA